AUGAUACCUAUGAUGAAAGGUUUGCGAUUUGGAGGGAAGAUGAUCGAUGAAAGACGGGCAGAGUGCACGUUGAGUGUACUCUACGUCUCGUCCGCGAUCCUGUCAGUGACAUCAUUGACCAGCCUGGUCACUGUUUGGCAACAUUGGGCAUGGACCUUGGAUGUUUGCGUCAACGUCGAUUGCGGUUGCAUACUGCACUGUAUCAACACAUUUAGCACGUUCACGGGAGGUGACGCGAAGCUCUGCCAGUUCGGUGUGUACGGCACGAUACCGGCAAUCCUCGUCGGUUUGUGUCUGGGCGGGUACCACGGGUACAGAUGUUGCAUCGAUAGAAAUUUAGACAAGCCCGCACGAAUCACUGACGACACCACCAGAAAUUUGAACGAAAGUGGUGGAGAUCGACGAACGGUGGUGAUUAGACCAAAAAGAAGAGGCCCGUACAAAUACUGGAUACCGGUGGUGUUCCUUGCGAUUCUACUUUGUUGUUUGUCGCUGGCGCACGCGGUCGUGAUGACCGACGGUUACUACAAAACUUGUGACCAGUAUAGAAAACGGCUUGUACGGAUUCUAGACCUGACGAUUGGCGAGGCUGAGGCGAUACACAACAGACUCUCGUGCGGUGCGAUUUUCGACUUUAUGGAUUAUUUGCAGUCAACGGAGAGUAGCUGGCGAAGCGGAAGUCGAAUCGAUACCGGUUUCGCUCUCAGAUUAGCAGUAAUAUCCACCUGGCUGAAUUUCUUCGAUUGGGCGUUCGUGUUCCUCUUGAGCGUGAUCAUGGCAAGACGGAGGUUAUUCUCUUGUUGCUGA